GUGUAGAUCUAGUCUGUCUACAGCCAAUGAUAUCUCGCGGUACCUGCUCUUUAGGCUUUAUUCCACCGCGGACAAAACUGGGAAAGGUGUUAAUCGGAGUGGAGUGAAUUCCGGGCAGUUUUUUUGGCAGCCCAUCUUAGGCUUAAGAUAAUACAUUUAUUAAUUAGAGGUAUACAUUUAGUCGGUGAGCAUUACACAAAACUAUAUUAGAAACAAGGACGAGUGACGUCGUUGGCAAAGGAGACCUAGAAACCCCCUGCUAGUGAGUUAGCUUGCUAACAAAGAAAACCUUUUCUCAUUUGAAGUGAUCCACACUAUCUACUUUAGUUAUGAGUCAUGUGGUCGUCGACAAUUCACACGGUCUAGAGCAGCAGCUUGCUGUCCUAGACUUGAACUCUGUGGACGUACAGGGUGGUGGAACAGGCAGGCGUUACAUUCCGCCUCACUUGAGAAACAAAGAGGCUUCUAAAAAUGCAGGAAAUGCUUUUCCCUCUGGUAGACAGAGCGGUUAUUCAGUGCCACCAGUAAGGAGCUGUUACCCAAGAUACCAAUCCCAGGAGAUUUCCUAUUAUCACAGCUACGGUGGUGGCUGGUCCGAGAGAUGUGUCUCCCCGGCCUAUACUGACACCAGUGUGACGAUGGACGGAAAUGACGACACGUCAAGUGUCUGCAGCUGGGCUGAUCGCUGUGAUUCCCCAGGAUGGGAUGGUGGGCGCAGCAACGGCUUUGUGAAUGGCUACCAUGACAACCGGAUGAAUGGCGGCGGAAACAACUUUGGGCGUGGCCCACCUCGUAACGACGGAAGGGGAGGCGGGCGUGGCGGUUUCCGUGGAAACCGUGGCGGCACCUUCACCCAGCCCAUGCACAAUGCAGUACCUUAUGGAUAUGAAAACAAAGAUGGCGGCUGGAACGCAGGGGCCAACAGGGAUGCCUACAGUAGCUUUGGAGCACGGACUGACCGUGGCAAAUCUGCUUUCUUUAACGACAGAGGCACUGGGUCCAGAGGAAGGUACGAGCGCGGUGGCUUCAGUGCCGGAGGGAACAGCCGCUGGGUGGAAGAAUCCAGAGAUGAAGAGGACUGGUCCAAACCCACCCCUCCCAACGAGCGCCUGGAACAUGAGCUGUUCGCUGCCAGCAACACAGGGAUUAACUUUGAGAAGUAUGACGACAUUCCUGUGGAAGCCACUGGCUCCAGUUCCCCUCCUCACAUCGAGAGCUUCCAUGAUGUGGACAUGGGGGAGAUCAUCAUGGGCAACAUUGCUCUGAGCCGCUACACACGGCCCACCCCGGUACAGAAGUAUGCCAUCCCCAUCAUCAAGGCCAAGAGAGACCUGAUGGCGUGCGCUCAGACAGGCUCUGGGAAGACUGCAGCCUUCCUGCUGCCCAUCCUCAGUCAGAUCUACACAGAGGGCCCUGGAGAGGCCCUGCAGGCUGCCAAGAACAGUGGGCAGGAGAAUGGGAAAUAUGGACGCCGCAAGCAAUUCCCCAUUUCUCUGGUGCUGGCACCAACCCGUGAGCUGGCCCUUCAGAUCUACGACGAGUCCCGCAAGUUUGCCUACCGCUCCCGCGUGCGGCCGUGCGUGGUGUACGGCGGGGCCGACAUCGGGCAGCAGAUCCGCGACCUGGAGCGAGGCUGCCACCUGCUGGUGGCCACGCCCGGGCGUCUGGUUGACAUGAUGGAGAGGGGCAAGAUCGGUCUCGACUACUGCAAUUACCUGGUCCUGGAUGAGGCUGACCGUAUGCUGGACAUGGGCUUUGAGCCCCAGAUCCGCCGCAUCGUAGAGCAGGACACCAUGCCCCCGAAAGGGGUCCGCCACACUAUGAUGUUCAGCGCCACCUUCCCCAAGGAGAUCCAGAUCCUUGCCAGAGACUUCCUGGAGGAGUACAUCUUCCUGGCUGUGGGCCGCGUAGGCUCCACCUCUGAGAACAUCACCCAAAAGGUGGUGUGGGUUGAGGAGAGCGACAAGCGCUCCUUCCUGCUGGACCUGCUCAAUGCCACAGGUAAAGACUCGCUCACACUAGUGUUUGUGGAGACCAAGAAGGGGGCCGAUGCCCUAGAGGACUUCCUCUACCGUGAGGGCUAUGCCUGCACCAGUAUCCACGGCGACCGUUCCCAGAGAGACCGUGAAGAAGCACUGCACCAGUUCCGCUCCGGACGCUGCCCCAUCAUGGUUGCCACUGCGGUGGCUGCCCGUGGGCUGGAUAUCUCUAAUGUGAAGCAUGUCAUCAACUUUGACCUGCCCAGUGAUAUUGAGGAGUACGUCCACCGCAUUGGGCGUACCGGCCGUGUGGGGAACCUCGGUCUGGCCACUUCCUUCUACAAUGACAAGAACAGCAACAUCACAAAGGACCUGCUGGACAUCCUGGUUGAGUCCAAGCAGGAAGUGCCCUCCUGGCUGGAGAGCCUGGCCUAUGAGCACCAGCACAAGAGCAGCAACCGUGGUCGCUCCAAGAGGUUCUCUGGGUUUGGAGCCAGAGACUACCGACAGAUGUCUGGCGGUGGAAACACCUUUGGCAAUCGUGGUGCUCGUAGUGCGGGUGGCCAUGGAGGAAACCGUGGCUUCGGUGGAAAUAAAGGUGGCUUUGGGAGCUUUGGAAAUGAUGGCUACGGCGGGAGCUAUGGGGGCAGUUAUGGGGGCAACUACAACCAGGUGGACUGGUGGGGCAAUUAGAUAUAGAACCCCUACCCACAGGGUUAUCACUAUGCCAAAACAGCAGAAAAGAAAAAUAAAUAAAAUGGGAAACCACAUGUUAAAAAAAACAAAAACAAAAAAAAAAAACGAAACCUAGCCAGACCAUACUCC